AGUCGCCCAGCUCUAAUCAUCAUCAUGCGUUUCCUCGCUCUUAUCGCCGUCUGCCUGUUGGCCUUGUUCGCGCUCACCGCUGCCGCCGAUCAGGAGGAGAUCUGUGCCUGUCCCCGCAAUUUGGAGCAGGUCUGUGGCACCGAUGGCACCACCUAUCCCAAUCCCUGUGAGCUGCGCUGUGCCGCUAAGCGUGCCACUCGUCAAGGCCGCUCACUGGCUCAAGCCAGAAGUGGACCCUGCUAGAUUCUUUAACCAUAUCGGAUAUGGGAUAAUGCUAAUUUAACUGAAGCUUCAAGAGAAAUAAACAUUUUUACGAGUAUUGCAAA